AUGACCGGGGCCCCACAAAGACUCACCUGGAGCCCAACCGAAACCCCAAGUUCACGGCCAAUCGAGGCAAGCCAGGCGGAUCAUCAGCGAAGUGGGGACCAUCUCAGCCUGCUGAUCGCCGAGGAACGAAGGCAAAGCUACUUGAGGCGACGCGCAGCAACCAGUAAUGCGGCAGCCGGAAUUGCAGAUGAUGCGGGUAUCGGGUAUCGUGACGAUGGCGACGGCGUUGAUAUCACGGGAUGCACCCUGAGUCGUGAUGGGAGCAAGUUGUACGUGGCCACCGACACCGGGAUAGUGGAAUAUCACGUCGACAUUGCUGGACGAAAGGUCUUUCCUAGUUAUGCUCCUCGUUGAUUCCGGUUUCAUCCGUCCGCCCACCAUCCCCACACCAAUUGCUCCUCGACCUUCCUGUAUGUGUAGCCUUUUUUUUUCCUUUUCUCCCUCAAGUAUUCUCUUUAUUAGCCACGACUUGUUUAGUUUUCGAUUCGCAUCCGCAUUUGGUCCUUUUUCCUUGUUCUUUUCUUCAUGCUUGCUUUUUCUCUCUUUCUAUUUCUUCAUACUCCUUUUCCCGGGGGUUACUUUUGCUUUGGGUUCGAAUAUUUUCAUGGCGAAAAUGGUGAAUGGAUUGGGAUUUCUCUUUUGGAAAGCGGGGUUUUUUUCUUCAAGUGUUACUUUUUCGUUUCUCUACCCCGUCCGGAUAUCGGAAGGGGUGUGCGAAGUGGGGGAGAUUGUUUUCUUUUUGGUGUUUAUCUUACCAUAUACUAUACUAGGGUUUUGAAGAAUUUCACCAAGUUGUGGAAUAUGUCUUGUUCCAUUCGGGAGGUAAUGUGCUCUCUGGAGCGCUAUAUGGUCUGUAUGGUCUAUAUGGUUUCAUGGAGGGAUAUUUAUU